AUGUCAGCACAGCAUCACAAGGUGUUUGACUGGGCUUCCAGGCGGGUCACUGCCUUCAUUGGCAGCAACAUAGUGACAGCCCAGGUCACAUGGGAGGGCAUCUGGAUGACCUGUGUGGUCGAAAGUACAGGCCAGAUGCAGUGUGAUGAUUACGAUUCCAUGCUGGAUCUGAGCGCUGACGUGCGGGCGGCACAGGCUCUGAUGGUGGUUUCCAUAGUGACAGGCAGUGCAGGGAUCCUCAUCGCUUUAGCUGGUGGAAAGUGCACCAACUUGAUCAUAAUGGACUUCUACAACCCUUUGCUAAUGGACGCCCAGAAAAGAGAGCUCGGGGCCUCUCUUUACAUCGGGUGGGUGGCCGGGGGACUGCUGGUCUUUGGAGGAGCGCUUCUGUGUUCCACCUGUCCCAGCGAAGAGGAUCAGACCCCCCCCAUGAACUUCCUACUAAACAAACACGGAAGAAAUAGCAGAGAGGAUUCGGUCCGAUCUUUUACACCAAGCAAGACGUACAUUUGAGAUUUCUAAAGGACGCACACAGACAACCCACAAUGAAGGGAAUAUGCACUUAGUCCUCAUAAGAGAAUCACACGUUGGAUGAGUGAAGAUGCUCUCUGUCGGAGAUUGCUU